AUGCUGCGCUCCCUCGCCGCCUCCAGCUCGGCCGCGCGCGUCGCCCAGCGCGGUGCCAACGCCGCCGCUCGCCUCCCCGCCACCACCGCCACCUUCGCCACCUCCGCCUCGCGACUUCAGGCCACCCCCGCCCCCGCCCCUCCCAAGAUGGUCAAGCUCACCAUCAACGGUAAAGAGGUCGAAGUCGAGCAGGGCACCGCCCUCAUCCAGGCCUGCGAGAAGGCUGGCGCUCAGAUUCCUCGAUUUUGUUACCACGAGCGACUCAUGGUGGCCGGAAACUGUCGUAUGUGCCUCGUCGAGUCGAAGGGAGCACCGAAGCCGCUCGCAUCGUGCGCAUUCCCCGCCAUGCCCGGCCAGCAGAUCUUCACGGACACGCCGCUGGUCGCCAAGGCGCGCGAGGGUGUGAUGGAGUUCCUGCUGGCCAACCACCCGCUGGACUGCCCCAUCUGCGACUGGGGAGGAGAGUGUGAUCUGCAGGACCAGUCGAUGCGCUACGGCUCGGACCGAUCGCGCUUCCACGAGAUCAAGGGCAAGCGUGCGGUCGAGGACAAGAACCUCGGCCCGCUCGUCAAGACGGUCAUGACGCGAUGCAUCCAGUGCACGCGCUGCGUCCGCUACGCCAACGACGUCGCCGGUGUCCAAGACAUGGGCACCACCGGCCGUGGCAACGACCUGCAGAUCGGCACCUACAUUGAGAAGACGAUGAACUCGGAGAUGUCGGGCAACAUCAUCGACCUCUGCCCCGUCGGCGCGCUCACGUCCAAGCCGUACGCCUUCCACGCGCGCCCCUGGGAGCUCAAGAAGACCGAGUCGGUGGAUGUGCUGGAUGCGGUUGGAUCCAACAUCCGCGUCGACUCGCGCGGCGUGCAGGUGAUGCGCAUCCUGCCGCGCACCAACGACGACGUCAACGAGGAGUGGAUCAACGACAAGACGCGCUUCGCCAACGAUGGCCUCAAGUACCAGCGUCUCACCACGCCGCUCAUCAAGCAGGGCGACCGCUUCGUGCCGGCGUCGUGGCCCGAGGCGCUCGCCACGAUUGCCGAGGGCCUCGCCUCGUCCGGUGCCAAGGGCGACGAGAUCAAGGCGGUGGCCGGCGCGCUCGCCGAUGCCGAGUCGAUGGUGCUGCUCAAGGACCUGGUCAACAAGCUGGGCUCGGACAACCUCGCCACGGACCAGCCCAACGGCGACCAGGCUCCCAUCCACGGAGCCGACCUGCGAUCCAACUACACCUUCAACUCGACCAUCGCCGGCAUCGAGGAGGCGGACGUGCUGCUGCUCGUGGGCACCAACCCGCGCCACGAGGCCGCCAUCGUCAACACGCGCAUCCGCAAGGCGUACCUGCACAGUGGCCUCGACGUCGGCCUCAUCGGCGAGAAGGUGGACCUGACCUACGAGUACGACCACGUGGGUGCCGACGCCAAGGCGGUGCAGGACCUGCUGGCUGGCAAGGGCGCGUUCGCCAAGAAGUUCAAGGAGGCCAAGAAGCCCAUGAUUGUGGUGGGCAGCGCUGUGGCGGAGCACCCGGACGGCAAGGCGAUCCUGGGCAACCUGGCUGAGCUGGUCAAGGCGAACAAGGGCAAGCUGCUCAACGGCGAGUGGAACGGCUACAACGUGCUGCAGCGCCAGGCGUCGCGCACGGGUGCGCUCGACAUUGGCUUCACGCCUUCGGCCGCGGCUUCCAAGGUGACGCCCAAGUUCAUCUACUUGCUCAACGCGGACGACAUUGCGCCGGAGAGCAUCCCGCGCGAUGCGUUUGUGGUGUACCAGGGCCACCACGGCGAUGUGGGCGCGCAGUUUGCCGACGUGUGCCUGCCCGGUUCGGCGUACACGGAGAAGGCGACGACGUACGUCAACACCGAGGGCCGCACGCAGAUGACGCGUGCGGCGGUGCCGCCACCGGGCGCGGCGCGCGAGGACUGGAAGAUUGUGCGUGCGCUGAGCGAGGUGGUGGGCGCGACGCUGCCGUACAACGACAUUCUGGACGUGCGCGACCGCAUGUUUGAGGUGUCGCCUACGCUGGUGCGCUACGAGGUGGCCGAGGCGUCGACGGCAUCGGCGCCAUUGGCGGUGGAGGAGCUGGCCAAGCUGGCCAAGAGCAAGGUGUCGGGCGCACCGCUGUUGAGACCCAUCCAGAACUUCUACCAGACCGACCCCAUCUCGCGCGCGUCACCGACCAUGGCCAAGUGCACGGCCGCCUUUGUCGAGGGCCUGCCCAUGGACAAGGUCGACGGCAAGGCGACGCUCGCUGCGUUCAACUGA